AUGGAGGCGGAGAUCGACUUCCACGAGCACCAUCCGGAGCCGAACGGAAUUUGCAACGGCUCGCUGCUGCCGUCAUGCAGCAAAGAUGGUCUGCACGAGAGCGAUGAUGACGAGGAGGUAUCACAGGUGUUCUCGAAAGGCCACUACGUGAUCCCCAGCAAAUCCCAAGUCCUUUACUACCUCUCAUCAUCGACGACAUUCCGAAUUGUACGCUCCGGCCAUGAUCUGCAGGUCACCGACAGAUGCGGCUUCCCACUGCUCGACGUUUGGCCGGAAAGAGCUUGUUGUACAGAGCUAUGGCUUGUCGAAUCGUAUGGCAGCCAAGUGAUGCUUGUGGCUGACCGAUCGCUAGGCUGGUCACCGUUCCGGAGACAAACAAAUGGCCUCCAGACGGCCACCGACUGGAAUGGCGACACUAUUGGACAUCUUUUACCAGGAAACCCCUUCUUGAUCCAAAACGCCAAUCGGACGACGAUAGCGCGGUGUGUGACGGUGGAAAAUGGGGAACAGGGAGCUCCGGUGGAAUGGGCCUGCUUACUCGAGGCAACGGGACGCGAAGCCGCAAGGCUGGACGCGAGUGGGCAAUUGACGUUCACGUGUGAAGUUGGCUUCCAACUAAAAUUGCUGAUCGUAACAGCCCUCACCCGGACACGCGCCACCCGACAACCCCAGCCCUUCUGCUGGCCAUUCUGGUAUCGA